AUUCUGCUGUAUUUAAAACCACACACUGUGUAUAGGUAAUAGAUUUUGAAAACUGGAGUGUCCCAACUUGUUAAAAUGAGGUCCGUUUUCGUGAGUUUUGUCCUGCUUGCUCUCAUCCCUGUGAACCAUGCUGCCUGCUGGUCCAAAGAAAUCAAACCAGGUGUGACUAAUUGUUGGGAUGACUUGGAUAAGAAGUGGCAUUUAGUCGGAUCCAGCUGGAGAACCAGUGAGUGUCAAACCUGCAAGUGUGAGGCCGAUUACAUGAGAUGCUGUGAUGGAUGGCCAAGUGUGUCUGGAGGCUGCACCAUUGAAUAUGAUUAUAAAACCUGUACGUAUGAAGUCAUUGUUACAGAUAAAAGUGUUCCAUGCAUGGCUGUUGGAAAGUGAUUGUCAAGAUGAACUGAAUUAAGGUUCAUCACAGAAUUAAGUGACCAGAAGCACAAAAAUAACAUGAUGAUGACUUUGAUCUGUGCAUAUAAUACAGCAUACAUAAAAAUAAAAAAAAAUGAAAUAAAGUAAAUAAAUGAAA